AUGCGCGCGAUCUUCUCCGCGGUGCACGACCGCCCCGCGGAGGGGGGGAGGGCGGAUCCGAUGAGCCCCUCGCCCGACGACGCCAAGGCGACGCGACGCCUCAUCGCGUCGGCGGGGCUCCCCCUCAGCGUCCGCUCCCUCGUCGAUUACCUCCGCGAGGGGCAGCCGCAAGGGGGGGGGGAUCCCCGCCCGAUCCGUGAGUUCCCCCCGGCCUCGAUGACCUACACCGCGAGCAGCACCAGCGCCCUCACCGGAGGAGGGGGGUGGAAUGUGCAGUCCGACAGCCCCCCAAUCGCGCCCUUCGCCAUCCACAGCCCCUCCCACCCCGAUCCCGGCGGGAUCUUCACGGAGGGCCGGCCAAACGGCGGGGAAGGCGUCGACGGCCUCCCGCUGCGGCCGCUCCCUCUUCUCACGGCGAAUGGCGCCCCAAACGGCCGGCUGCGGGGCGAGGGCGAGAUCCUCAGCAAUCUGCUGCACUUCCAUGCGAGCUACUUCCCACCCCCACCGCCGCCGCGCGUGCCGGCGUCCUCCCGUCGUUCCCGCGCCGCGCUGUGGUAUCAUUACGCGAGUAAGUGGGAUAUCACGCACCGCCUGCCGCCGCCGCCGCACAGCCCGCUUCAGGAGAUGGAGAUGGAGUACCGGAUGCAGCUGCCGGAGCUCACCCGGGUACCCUACAACGACGAGGACUGGCUGCGCAUGUGCGAGAGGUGGUUUGACGUCCUGCAGGGGUUGUUUGACUACCCGGAGGACGGCGCGGGGACCGCGACGAGGGUCCAGACGAUCCUUAACAAUACCGUCACGCUGUAG